ACGAUUCAGAGAGAGAGAGGAGAUCAACAAAGCAAUGGCUUCAAAACCAGGAGGAAAGAGGGCAUCUAUCGUCAGCGUUAAAGGGAUUGGGACUGGUGAAACCCAGGAAAAGGAGAAGACGGCCACUCUGAAAGGAAAAUUAUCUCUGGGAAACGUAUCCUUCAGUAACCAGGGUUCCUGGAGCUUAAGUGGACUGCUUGCUGCUCAGAGAAUGACCAAGAAUCUUAAGGGAAGAAGAGCACAAAAAAUAAAGAAAACAGAAAUUGUGACCCCUCAGCCACCCUCCUUUGCAUCUCGACCAUCAGAAAAGGUCCGUGUCACAGCUAUCAAGAGUAUCCUUGAAAAAUACCUGCCGGAUCGAUUGGGGCAGCUUACUUAUGACCCUAAAAAUGUUCCAAUCCUGGUGAAGGAGGUCAGUGAGGAGGUCCGGACUCAAGUGAAACACGUACUACCUCCUCGUUACAAGGCAUUGUGCGUUGUCACCUUGGGAGAGCGGGCACAGGAAGACAUUGCUGUAGUCAGCCGCUGUCUCUGGGACCCACAUGCUGACAGCUAUGCGGCACAUGUGUACCAGAACCAGAGUAUUUUCUGUGUGGUUGCAGUCUAUGUAGUGUACUUUGAGUAAUAUUGUAACUAGUAGCUCCUGUUUGUUGUAAUUUCACUGAGUGUUUUACAAGCUGUUACACUGUGUGUACUCAAGUGUGUGACUUUACUUGUCAUUUUCAGAGUGAUUAUGUGGUCAUAUUGUGUUUGUGUGCUGUUAUGCUUUUUUUACUGCAGAGCAUAAUUUAUUGUCUAUAUCUAAUAUCUGGCAUGUGAAAUUUUCUUAGUGCCAACAUAAUUUGGCUAAUGGCUAUGUUGUAGUGAGUGAAUGAAAAUGGGGCUUUGAUGCCUGGCUUCAGACAAUUUAUAAUUGUAAAAUGCAUAGUCACAUAUCCUUCACUAGAUGUGUUCAGCUAGGGAACAGUAGUGCAUUACUCUGGAGCUGACUAUACAUAUAUGUACAUACAUAAUAAAAUAUUUUAUGUUUUCCAUUAUGGAUUUAUAAAAGCCAAACAUCUGAUUAAGUUAGACUGUCUAACCUCACGUCAAUUAACACUGUUAUUACCUUUCACAGGUACAUUUACACAAUACUAAUUUCUAGAUACUAUAAUGCCCUUUAAAUAUCUUAGAAAAAAAACAAGACUCUUGGAUCUAUUGAGUAGGUGUUCUAUUUAUACCAUAUAUUUUCAUUUUCUGACUGUAGUUUGCCUUCAUAUGGGGUCAUUUAUUAGGUAAUAGAGACAUUGGGGUAGAUUUAUCAUAGUGGGAGCGGACAUGAUACGAUGUAGCGUAUCAUGUCCGCUGCACAUCGAUAAAUGCCGAUAGCAUACACUGUCGGCAUUUAUCAUUGCACAAGCAGUUCUUGUGAACUGCUGGUGCAAUCCCCCCCCUGCAGAUUUGCGGCCAAUUGGCCGCUAGCAGGGGUGUCAAUCAACACAAUCGUAUUCGAUCUGGUUGAUUUCUGUCCACUGGCUCAGAACAGGCGGACAAGUUAUGGAGCAGCGGCCUUUAGAUCGCUGCUUCAUAACUGCUGUUUCCAGUGAGCCUGAAAGCUUGUGCACAAACAGGGGCAUCACGCUCUAUACGGAGCUUGAUAAAUUGUUGACAUUGUCAUAAACAGAUAAAUGUUCUUUUUCUUUAAGACAUUUUAUUUUUAAAGAAAAUCCUUCAUACUACUUACUAUGGGGUACAUUCCAAUCUAUUGGACGAUUUGUUUCUGUCCUUUUUUUGGGGCAAAAAAGGGCAUUUUUCGAUUUUUCAUUAUCACAAUCACAGGUUUUCAGCUGUUAUAAGGGCUCAAAGAUGUGAGGUUUUACGUGUAAGAAAAAAAAAGUCAGGUAAAGGGCUUUAACAUAGAGAUACAUACAUAUACAUGUCUAAAUAUAUAUAAAUACAAUCAUGUAAAAAAGAAAGUACACCCUCUUCAAAUUCUAUGGUUUUACGUAUCAGGAGAUAAUAACAAUCAUCUGGUCCUUAGCAAGUCUUAAAAUUAGGUAAAUAAAACCUCAGAUAAACAACAACACAUGACAUAUUACACUGUAUCAUGAUUUAUUUAACAAAAAUAAAUCCAAAAUGGGGAAGUCAUGUGUGAAAAACUAAGUACACCUUAUGGUUCAAUAGCUUGUAGAACCAGCUUUAGCAGCAAUAACUAGAAGUAUUCAUUUUCUGUAUAACUUUAUCAGUCUCUCACAUUGUUAUGCAGGAAUUUUAGCCCACUCUUCUUUACAACGUUGCUACAUGACGCAUGCAAAAACCUUACUUUUAGCAUGGUUAGCGCGCGAGCGCUAAAUACUGCUCCACUUGUAAUCUGGCCCUGUGUUUAAUGUCCGUUUAAGGUCUGAUUGCAUUACUUUGUCAUCUGACUGAAUCAAUGAAAUCACGUAUUGCUUCACACUGUAAACGUCUAUUAUCUCUUUCUUUUUAUUAAUUUUGAUAUUAUUACCAAAUCCUUCAUUUCAGAGCUAUUGAUGAUAAUAGUAGUGCACCUCUGCUAUAGUAGUGAAGGGCUUGCUGCCCACAGGCAUGCAGGAAUGCGCUAUUAUCGUCAAUAGCUUGGGUGGUGCAGGUGCAGCUUCUUAUUGGCUGUACCCCCUGCCUUGUCAUAAAAGAAAAACAUUUACUUUGCAGAUGGGUGGCUGGUUGAGAGUGAAUAAACAUUCAAAAAAACAAAGCAAAAAAAGACAGGAACAAAGAAAUGUGUCUGCAAUAUGUGUGUUGCCGUCAUUAAUAUGCAGGGCUUUAAUUGCUAUUGUUUCCUAUGACUUUAAAUAUGGAAUUAACAAUGGGUAGGCAAGGGCCUAGUUCUGUUGAGAAAGUAGCAACUUGUGUUGUAUUAUGAGAGUGGGUCGUUUUCCUUACCUGAAGAGUUUUCCUUUCCUAUUUCUCCUGCUUGUCAAGCUGGUUUUUCACAGUAACAUUUCUAUUAUGCAAUAAAGCUCAAUUUAAAUAUUUCAUUUUUUUAUUUUUUGCAUUAACUGUUUAUUUUGAUUUUGAAGCAAAAUAAUAAUACAAGGAAGUGGAAAUUUGUGUACAACUGAACCUUGGAGACUCUUUUCUCAUUGGCUGACGCCAAGAAUGAAAACAGGAAUUUCCAUGUUCCAAAAAAACUGUGAUAUAUAUUAAAAUGUUGUAACAAUAAAUAUUGGUCCUACAAGAUUAUCAAAAAUAUUUCAGUUUUAUAUACUCUGUUUAAUAUUUUUUAAGCCUUAAAUAUUUUGUUUUGUACUUGGUUGCUUUUUAAGUCUGUUUUGUAAAAAUAAUUCUUAAUAAAACAUGUUGAAAUUCUAA